GGAGAUGUGGCGUGUGCUUGCUCCGAUGUCGUUGCGGUCGGCAAGUCCCGGGGACUGCACGCUCACCUGAGCGAAAAAGUACUGUAUGAGCAAGUCGAGUCGGAUUUUGCGGCCGAGAUUGACCGACUAGAAGACACCAGAGAGAACAAGCAAUAAGUUACAAGUGACUUGGGAGCUCCGAAAACGAAAGAUUCAACUUUCUCUUCGGACCACACGCACAAUCUUUUCCCUUCCUCUUCGCCACGUUCAACUCAACCUUCCAUCUCUUUCUCAUUCCACUUCUUCUCUGGGUAUAUUCCAUUGAAGAGAUUCUUAAACCCUUUAUAACUUAUCCCCUGAAGCCUUUUCGGUUUGACGACUUUUCGUGUCACGCGCACGCCUGAUUAACUAGACCUAUCGAACCUAUUCGGCAUCAUGUUCCAGCGCACUAUCCUCCGCCAGUCCCGCGCAUUCGCUGCGCAAGCUGCUCGUUCAGUUUCCACAUCUUCCUCCUCGUCGCCUGCUCUUCAGAGCCAGUUCAAUGCCUGCAGAGCGGCCUCUGCCCGUGCAGUGAACGCCAAUCUCCGUUCGAGAGGCCUGCUAUCAGCUUCCAAGGCGAGAUGCUACUCUAGCACAGCUGCAGAGAGCGAGAAGAAGGAAGAGGGCAAAAAGGAAGAGAAGACGGAAGAGGAAGAUCCUGUGAAGAAGGAGCUGGAGGCUAAGAAGAAGGAGCUGGAGGCUAAGAAGAAGGAGGCUUCGGAAUUGAAGGACCGCUAUCUCCGCUCUGUCGCCGAAUUUCAGAACCUGCAGGAGCGCACGAAGCGCGACAUUCAAGCCGCCAAGGACUUUGCCAUUCAAAAGUUCGCCAACGACCUCCUGGACACUGUGGACAAUCUGGACCGCGCCUUGGGAACUGUCCCUCUUGACAAGCUGGCUUCGAGUGAGGACGCCAAGAAGGAGAAUCAUGAGCUGCUCACUCUCCACGACGGCAUCAAAAUGACUGAGCAUAUCUUCAUCCAGACGCUCAAGAAGCACGGCCUUGAGCGCUUCGACCCGGAGAAUGAGCGCUUCGAUCCCAACCUCCACGAGGCCACUUUCAUGACCCCUAUGCCGGGUAAGGAAGAUGGCACCGUCAUGUUUACCCAGCAAAAGGGUUUCCUUUUGAACGGAAGAGUCGUCAGGCCCGCCAAGGUCGGCGUCGUCAAAAACGGAUCUACUUAAAUUCAAAAACGGCCUCCUGGAUCCGAUAUGACGGCACGUGAGCACCAGCAUGUGCCGGCCCUACCAGAAUAGAAUUUCCCAUCUCCUCUCUGCUCAGCUGGUCCUCGCGACCUUACUUUAUCCACGCAUCUUCCUCGCCAUGUCGCUUCUCCCAAUCGACGCACAAAACACCUCACGAUACAGUCUAAACUCAACCUUUUGUUCUCUUCUCUUUCGUCUACUUCAAAUAUCCGAGUCUCAUGCAAAUUACCUUAUCCUCUUUUCGCAUCUUUUCCUUACCGUUGCUGAUCAGCGACUUUUAAAGUCGGCGGCAACGACAUGUUAGGCAAGAUGGGAAU